AUGCAUUCAAAAUUGAAAAUAUUCCAAUUCCUAACAUUAUUAGUAUAUUUAUCUCAUCAAAAUCAAUCAGGAUUUCAAGAUCAGAUCGGAGAAAUCGAACCAAUUUGUAAACAACCAAAAGAUCCGCGAGAAUAUCCAAAAACUUUGGUUUUGUUCAUGAUUGAUAGGAGUGAUAGCAAGGUUUUUGUGAGUUUAGGGAAGGUCUUAAGGUCUUUAGAAAGGUUUAAGAGCUUUAGGGUUUUUUAAAGCUCUCAUAAAUCCUUUCAGAAUCAAAACAUCGGCUACAUCUUCAAAUUAUUCCUCUGCAUCUUCAUACCAAAUUAUACCUACUUCGAUAUCAUCGAUUAUUCUUCUGAAGCUGAUUAUCAAAAACAAUUUCCACCUAUGAAAAAACGAGGAAGAACUGAAGCUCUAAAUCGAUUCCGACACUAUGAGCAAUACCCAGAAUCUUCUCAAAACAUCUCAAAAAUUGAUCGAAUUUAUGAAGCUCUCGAAUACUUUCGAGAAGAAUCUAAUGACACCUGUGAAAAUUCUGUGAACGUUCUCAUUUAUAUUCCAAUCAUUACUCCAGUUAUGAUAAAUCGAUCACCGGAUUGGACGAAUUUUAAUUAUUUGGUAGAGAAAAUGAAUAUUUUGAGGAACACAACUACUAGUAAUACAAAAUAUGUGGCGUUGAAUUUUUUCGAAUUUGAUGAUGGAUUUAUUCGAUUUGGCGGGCUUCAAUUGGGAUAUCGUGAGUUUUUUUGAGGGAAAAAAAGUGGGCGCUGCUUAUUUUUCUCUGCGUCUCUCGAAAUAAUGCAUAGGCGCUGCUUAUUCACAUAAAAUAAGCAGCGCCUAUAGUUAAUUUUGAGAGACGCAGAGAAAAAGAUAGGCUCCGCCCACUUUUACACAAGAAAAAAGAUAAGCAGCGCCUAUGCUUUAUUUCGAGAGACGCAGAGAAAAAUAAGCAGUGCCCACUUUUCUGAGAAAAAUGUGGGCGCUGCUUAUUUUUCUCUGCGUCUCUCGAAAUAAUGCAUAGGCGCUGCUUAUUUGUUCUUCCCUUGAAAUAAGCUCCGCCCACUUGGAGAAAUAAGCAGCGCCCAUGAGAGACGCAGAGAAAAAUAAGAAGCGUCUGAAUUUGCUGACGCAUUUUUUGUAGCUCUAAUUUUCAGCCAAAGUGUUGCCAGACGAUGUGAUAGAUCAAAUCGCGGGAAAUUUGUGAGUUUUUUUUUCAGAAAAUACAAUUUCAGCCCCAAAAACCCCGCAUUUUUCAGUGUUCACAAAUUCGUCAAACCCAUCAACGAAAACUACGAAUUCCCUCUGAGAUUCCCCUUCAUCUACCCAGAAGAUCGUGUAAAUCCCACGAAUAACUCGUGGAAAUGCGCAUUUUGUAUCUCAAUUGGAAUCGGCACAUUUCUCUUGGUGAUUUUCACAAUUUUCGCCUCAUUUUAUAUCAAAAAUUUGGGAAAAUUGAUCGAAAAUCGAUUGAUGGAACAAGGAGAAAAUCAGAAGAAAAUAUCGGAGAAAAAAAGCGAGGAAAAUGUGGGGAAAAUUCGAAAGAAACCGUCGAAAACUAGGAAAAUUGCGGCGAAAAAGAGAAAAACUAUAUUAGAUGUUGAUAUUUGA